GUGUUUUAUUGUGCUUCUAACAAACCACCGCGAAUCGUUUUAACAGGAUGUGGGCUUGUCCUAAACGAAUGUCCCGUCAUUCACCGCGGUCAUAAUUUUUACUAACGCUCAUUAUACACAAAUACUUACACAUCAGCGAAGUGCGAGAUCUGACGGUAGGGAUUCGCCACCAAGGUUUACUUCAGGCUAUUUUCAUGUAAGCCAACGUCAGAGUCCGUCCUGUGUGAUGGGGUCAACUAUGUCGUUAUGUAAAGGUUUUGCCACAAUUUUAAUGGAGAGAGAACGCUGAUGGCCACAUGAUGACACACUAACAUUAUCUUCUAUUUUCCUUGUCGCCUUACGCCAUUCUAAAAGGCCUACGUAUCAGAAGUGAAGUAGAAUUAUUAUUAUUAUUAUUAUUAUUAUUAUUAUUAUUAGCCUCGGUCGUUAUUAUUGUGGUUAUAACAUAAAUCCAAGGGAAGCAUUUCGAAUCUCUUGUGUGAGAAGUUUUUGACUCAUGACAAUGGUCUGUGCAUUAAGUCAUAAGUUAUUUUCCCAGUCUCUGUAUUCUAAAUAUGAUAAAUGAAUUGAUUGCAAUAAUAUAGUUGCCUGGCUUUGUAAAAAUCUGGAGUAAAAAAAGGCCUACAACAUGAAUUUGAAAAAUAGUUUAUUUCACUUUCGGUAUAGGCUCAGCAGUGUAAUGCAGUUCAUUACCAGAAGAUGGCAUGCUCUUCCUAGUCUUCAGGAUAUUUCACAGAAGACAAGUCUUACGUUGAUGUUUUUCCAGUAUUAAAUUGGUAGUGGCUAUUUUUACUCCCAAUGUAUACUAGAGAUAGAUGAGUUGGCUUGGUUGCAUAUUGAUCUACAGUGUGUCUCUUAUCAUCGCACCAGGGAGAGCAGCUACGAUGGCUCCACGUAUGGAUGAUGUCAUGCAACUGUGCUGUGACCUGUCUGCAAAUCAGCAGAUAAAAGCAGCAGUGAAGAAUUCUGGGAAAGGAUCAGCAGUGGCAGGAGGGACUGCAUUUUUAGGGGGUCUUCUAGGUGGUCCCCCAGGGAUUGCUGUUGGUAAGGAUCAUAUCAAAUAAGUAACCAUAAUUAUAGUAAUAUGCAGUUCCAUACUUUAACCACAAGGUGAAGCCAUAUCCUUUCUCUCAAAUCAAUUGUAUUAAGUGCAGCUAUGAGAUUUUCAGUGUAUAUGCAGCAGGCCUAUAAAGUAUGGCAUUAGAGUAGAAUAAUUCUCAGCCAAAAUUGUCUUAUGAGUGGGGAGGUAGAUUUGGCUAAAUAUGGAUGUUUAAAUGGGUAUUGAAAUCUGUGAGCUGCAACUCUUCUCCCCUCUUGAUCUCCUGACACAGAUCUUGUUUGUGUGGCUCUUUAGGUGGAGCAGUAGGUGGCCUGUUGGGAUGGUGGAUGACCAGUGGACAGUUCAGACCUCUCCCUCAGAUCAUCAUGGAGCUGCCUCCCCACCAGCAGCAGAGGCUCUAUGCUGAUAUCAUGGCCGUUUUGGGCUCACUGAACUGGACAGACCUGGCCCAGCUGACCGCCCUGGUCAUGGGGAAUGCUACUCUCCAGCAGCAGGUCACUGCUGCCCUACUCAGUUAUAUCACAAAGGAACUGAGAGCAGAGGUGAGAUAUGGGGACUGAUCUACACAGACUGAAUAUCUGGAGGAUCUCCUUAGAACACACAUAUGCUGUCUUGGAAAGGAAAACUACUUUUGGUACUCAACAAAUUCAACUCAAGCUUAAUUUUGGAGACUGAAAUAACCUUUUAUACUGCAGGUUCACUGGAAGAGACCUUAUGAGAGUUAAUACAUUGAGACUCAUGUCAGACCUGUCAUGUUACCUAAUAUCAUCUGAUCAUGUCCAUUUAAUGUCCUUUGAUAAAGCAUUUAAAGGGCAAUUCCACCACUUUUUACCUUCAUUUUCAUCCAGUACAAUACCAGUGUCUACAAAUGUGAAAAACAGUGAAUUUAUUAAAUAAUAAAAUCACUGUUUUGUUACCUUUAAUCCUACCCUGUGAUGUCAAAGAGAAACAUUUUUUAGUACCUUGUCUUUUUGACCACAGAUCAUAGAAACGUGUUUUCACAUACUGUAUGUAGACACUGGUAUGGUGCUGGAGAUAAUUAAUAUGAUGUUGAAAGGUGGCAGAA